AAUCGUUAAUAAAAAGAAGUCAUGGAGUUCUUCGUAAAAUGGGCUUGGCGUAAUUUAUAUAAAACUAGACCAUGCAUUCUCCGAAAUGGAAUGGGCUGUUUUAGAUUCAGGAUUUUAUGCAAAUCAAUGUACAAUUGGAAGGACAUUUGGUAAUUCAUAGACCUCUUCUCAAGAUGGGCAUGAUGUAACGGAUAUGAGCAAGGCCAUGCUUUCUCGGAAAUGGUUUCUUUUAGAUUUCAUUCAUAGAUGCAACGAUUUGAGGACCUUCAAGCAAAUCCAUGCGCAACUUUUAACUUCUGGUGUGGUUCGUGACGAGUUGGUUGUUAACAGAGUUGCUGGGUUCUUCGGAAAAUUUGUUGAAUUUAGUGAAUAUGGUUGUGAUCUUUUGAAGCAAAUUGAUUGUCGCAUUAGCUCAUUCCCGUAUAAUUUGCUGAUAACUGGCUAUGCUGGAAGUGACACGCCGAGGGCGGCAGUGUUGGCCUAUAGGAGGAUAGUGAGAGAGGGAUUUAUCCCUGACAUGUACACUUUUCCGGUGGUUCUGAAAUCUUGUGCUAAGUUUUUGGGGAUUGGGGAGGGUAGACAGGUUCAUGGGGUGGUUGUAAAAAUGGGAUUUUUAGGUGAUCUAUUUGUGCAAAACUCGCUUGUGCAUUUCUACAGUGUUUGUGGUGAUUUUGCUGUUGCUGGUAGGGCGUUUGAUGACAUGCCUGUGAGAGAUGUGGUGUCUUGGACUGGUUUGAUAUCUGGGUAUGUGAGAGCAGGGUUGUUUGGUGAGGCUGUAGCUUUGUUUUCGAGGAUGGAUGUGGAGCCAAGUAAAGCAACUUUUGUCAGUGUUCUUGUGGCUUGUGGGCGAAUGGCGUAUUUGAGUUUGGGGAAGGGGAUUCAUGGCUUGAUUCUUAAGCGUGUAGGGGUGGGUUUGGUGGUAGGAAAUGCUAUCCUGGAUAUGUAUGUCAAGUGUGAGUGUUUGUUUGAGGCAAAGCAAAUCUUUGAUGAGCUCCCUGAGAGAGAUAUCGUAUCAUGGACUACUAUCAUUAGUGGCUUGGUGCAAUGUAAACGCCCCAAAGAGUCGUUGGAGUUGUUUCACAAAAUGCACACUUCAGGCAUUGAACCUGAUAGGGUUAUACUCACUAGCGUGCUCUCAGCUUGUGCUAGUCUUGGGGCUCUUGAUUAUGGCAGAUGGAUCAACGAGUAUAUUGAUCUUAGGGACAUUAAAUGGGACGCCCAUAUUGGAACUGCUAUGAUUGACAUGUAUUCAAAGUGUGGCUGUGUAGAGAUGGCAUUACAGACCUUCAAUAGGAUGGUUUAUAAGAAUGUGUAUACAUGGAAUACCUUACUAGGCGGUUUAGCAAUGCAUGGACAUGGGCAUGAUGCACUCAAACAUUUUGAAGAAAUGAUUAGAUCUGAUACGAGGCCCAAUGAGGUGACAUUUCUAGCCAUUUUAACAGCUUGCUGCCAUUCUGGCUUGCUUGAUGAAGGUCGUAGGUACUUCUAUCAAAUGAUAAGUCAACAAAAUAAUCUUUCUCCAAGGUUAGAACACUACGGAUGCAUGGUUGAUAUGCUGUGUCGGGCUGGACACUUGGAUGAAGCGCAGGCGCUGAUAAAAACUAUGCCCAUGCCACCUGAUGUGCUGAUAUGGGGAGCCCUUCUUAGUGGUUGUAAUGCCAGUGGAAUUGUUGAACUCUCUCAGGAAUUAUUAGACCGCCUCCUGGAACUUGAGUCUCAAGAUAGUGGGAUAUAUGUGCUCCUAUCCAACAUAUAUGCUACUAAUCAAAGAUGGGCUGAAGUGACAAGGGUUCGGAGGUUGAUGAAGGAGAAAGGUAUAAAAAAGGCCUCUGGAUCAAGUGUUAUAGAGGUGGAUGGUAAGGCUCGUGAAUUUCUGGCUGGAGAUACUAGCCACCCUCAGUAUGAGGAUGUUCAUCAAUUGUUAAACAUCCUUGCAAAUAAAGUCUACCUUGAAGGGCAUUUUUCAGACCCAUUCUUGAUAACAUGAGUGAGUUUUUAUC